CCCUGUGGACACAGCGUGUUCUCUCUCCAGGGACACGCGGGCACGGACGUAGCCCCGGAAGAGGGGCAGGCAGUUGACUGUGGUGUGACCAUCGACUAACCGUUGCCUAGACCAGCGAAUGACCAUCUUGGCCAGGCCGAGGAGCAAACCGACAGGGAGAUCCCACCUUGUUUAGCUGCCUUGUGAGUUAGUUUUGAAAGAAAACACUGAACACACGUCUGUGUUUACCUGAGGUAAUCAUGCAGUCUUCCAGAUAACAGUGUGUUCAAAGUGCAAGGUAUCAACUCUCAAGACACUUCACUUCAGGAAGCUGUGAUGAAUCGGGAAGCUAUGGAGAAUCAGGGCCCUGCGGAGAAGCAGGAUGCUGACAGAAAUCAGGAAGUUGUGGAGGAUCAGCAAAGUACAGAAGCGUUUGAUGCAUCUGGAGCAAGGAAGGGGCGUUUGACGCUUGUGCUGGGGUUGGCGACUCUAGUGUCCGUGUUUGGGUCUUCAUUCCAGUAUGGGUACAACGUUGCCGUUAUCAAUUCUCCGAGUUUGCACAUGCAGGCGUUUUACAACACGUCUUACUUCGAACGAAAUGGGAAGUACAUCGACAGUGGCUUCCUCACUCUGCUGUGGUCUCUCACCGUCUCCAUGUAUCCACUUGGAGGAUUUUUUGGGUCCCUAAUGGUUGCCCCAUUAGUGAAUAAGUUGGGCAGAAAGGGCACUUUGUUGUUGAACAAUAUAUUUUCUAUUAUCCCAGCGAUAAUGAUGGGAUCAAGCAAAGGAAUCAAAUCGUUUGAAAUUAUAAUUAUUGCGAGAAUAAUUAUUGGAAUAUGUGCUGGACUCUCAUCCAAUGUGGUCCCUAUGUACCUGGGUGAGCUCUCACCCAAGAACCUUCGAGGCGCCCUUGGCGUCGCGCCCCAACUCUUCAUCACAAUUGGAAUCCUGAUCGCUCAGUUAUUUGGCCUAAGAAAAGCUCUUGCGAAUGAAAAAGGUUGGCCACUGCUCUUGGCACUGACAGGGAUCCCCGCCGUGGUGGAGCUGAUCUUCUUGCCCUUCUUUCCCGAAAGUCCCAGAUACAUGUUGAUCCAAAAAGGUGACGAAGAGGGAGCAAAAGCAGCUUUAAGGCGUCUCAGAGGAUGGAAUGAUGUUGAUGCCGAAAUUGAGGAAAUGCACUUGGAGGAUCAGUCGGAGAAAGCGGAGGGUCGUUUGUCUGUGAGGAAUCUGUGCUCAUUCAAAGCGCUGCGAUGGCAGCUGAUCACAGUCAUUGUGCUGAACAUGGGACAACAGCUCUCCGGAGUCAAUGCAAUAUAUUACUAUGCAGACAACAUAUAUCGCACAGCAGGAGUGUUGGAGAAUGAUAUUCAGUACGUGACUGUUGCCACAGGGUCAGUUAAUGUGUUUAUGACUAUCGCAGCGACUGCGAUCAUUGAUAAGGCAGGACGGAGGCUGCUUCUCCUGAUUGGAUUUGCUGUUUGCUGCUCGUUCUGCAUGAUCUUAACAAUGAGUCUGAACCUUCAGAGCGUGGCAAGCAACAUGUCUUAUCUAAGCAUAACCUCUAUAUUCCUUUAUGUUAUUGGACAUGCAAUAGGACCCAGCCCGAUUCCUUACGUGAUAACGACAGAAAUAUUCCGGCAGGCCUCCAGACCCGCUGCCUUCAUGGUGGCAGGAUCCGUGCACUGGCUGUCCAAUUUCCUCGUUGGACUCAUCUUCCCAUUUCUCGAGAGAGGGCUCGGUGAGUACAGCUUCAUCAUUUUUGGGUUCGUCUGCCUGCUGACCUUUGUUUACAUCUACUUGUUUAUCCCCGAAACAAAGAACAAAACCUUCCAGGAGAUCAGUGAGAUUAUGGCCAAGAAGAACAAAGUGGAGAUAAAAUUGGAGACUGACCCGCUGUAUUCAAGUGACGGGGAGGAAGAUCAGGGACAAUGGGGGGUGGGGCAGAGCACAAAACUCUGACACCUUUCGCCGCGUUCUUUGGGCUGGAAAUGUAUGGUGCAUCGUUAUCUCGAAAGGUUAAUAUUUGUAGGUGAGUCCUGGUCGUACGAUAAUGCUGAUGAAUUUAGAAUAAAUGGAUGUUAUUCUUA